GCUGUUAUUGUAAUUAAAAAAAAAGAAGAAGGCAUUUUUCGUUUCAUUAAAACCCACAAAAGCGGACGACUGCUUUUUACCAAGCGACUGCGAAUUCAGACAUCGUUAUUUACUACAACAACAACUCCGGCAAGAAAAACGAAGAAACAAACCAGACGAAGAAAAAAAGAAACCAAAAAUGGAUUCCCAAACUCAAUCAGUGGACCAACAACAACAGGAAGAAGAAAAUGAACAAAGACCCUUCCUCCCAGAAAAUGCAGAAGAAGAAGGUGGACCCACUUCUCUACAACCGUCCAAGAAACGACGCCGUUAUAAGGGCGACCGCCACAUCAAAGUAGAUGGUCGUGAUCGGCGGAUCAGGAUACCUUUAACCUGCUGUUCCGGUCUAUUCCGCUUGACCCGGGAAAUGGGUCACCGAACCAACGGCGAAACCAUUCAAUGGCUCCUUCAACAAACCCGCCCCGACUUAGUCCCGCCCGACCCCGUCACCCAUCCGACUCUAUUAUUCGCUUCUGCCCCCGCCUACAUGGAAAAGGGUCGAGUGAGGGCUACGGUGGUUCAAGCUUCCACUGUUUUCUUUGACACUCCCGCCACACUAGAUAAAGCAGAGAGGCUAAUUGCUGGCUCAGCUGCAUAUGGUUCACAGUUAGUUGUUUUCCCAGAAGCCUUUGUUGGUGGAUAUCCAAGGGGCUUUCCUUUUGAGUCUCCAAAUGAAGAUAAUCAGGAGCUUCCCAAGUAUCAUGCUUCUGCCAUUGAGGUCCCAGGUCCUGAAGUUGAUAGACUUGCGAAAAUUUCAUGUAGAUAUAAAGUUCAUUUAGUAAUGGGAGUAGUGGAGAAAGACGGAUUCUAUCUCUUUAGCACGAUUCUGUUUUUUGAUCCUGUAGGACGGUAUCUCGGAAAACAUCGGAAGCUAAUGCGAAGUGCAUCUGAAUGUGUAGUAUGGUGUUCUGGAGAGAAAUCAUCAUUGCCAUUAUAUCGGACAGCCAUUGGGAAAGUUGGUGGCCUUCUUUAUUUGGACAAUAGGAUCCCAUCUUUGAGAACUGAAUUGUAUGCUAAAGGUAUUCAAAUGUAUUGUGCACCAACUGCUGAUGCCAGGGAAGAAUGGCGAGCAUCCAUGAUUCACAUUGCCAUAGAGGGCAGGUGCUUUGUUUUAUCUGCCAACCAGUUCUGUCGCAGGAAAGACUACUCUCUGCCACUCAAAUGCAUAGACGGAGAUUCAAACAGUGACCUACUGGACACAAUAGUAUGCAGUGGGGGCAGUGUUAUUGUUUCACCCUCAGGGACCAUUUUGGCAGGACCUAAUUACCAAGGAGAGUCCCUUAUAUCAGCUGAUCUAGAUCUUGAAGAGAUAACUCGAGCAAAGCUAGAAUUUGGUGAAGUAGGGCUUGGUAUGGGACCAGAUUCUGUUGGUUGGUCUGCAAACAAACCCAACCUUGUUCUUUAUCAAACUGCUGUGAAGACAGAAGCUUUCGUUGAUUUGUCUUAGAUCUAGAACUGAGUUCAUAUCUUUCUAACAGCAAAAUAGUUAGUUUAGACUUUCAUAAUUGCUGAUCUUAAAAGGAUCUUCUGAAAAAUGCAGUGGAUAGUUCAUUGUCAGCCUCCCAUGUUACAAAACACCCAUUCUGUAUGCUUUUGUAUAGUUCGAUAAAUGCAUGGAAUGAAGUUUUUAUUUACUGAAAUAUAAA